UAUUUUUAUCGAUAUGCUUUAUUUAUGAUUAUUUGCUCUUUGAAGUUUGCGAUGGAACUGGUUGUUUUCCUACAAUAAGAAUUGUUUAAUAAAGUUUUAGUUACACAGUAUCAUCCUUUAAUUAAAAUGCCUAUUGAUCAAAAACGUAUUAACGGCCCUGAAGUAUCCGUUCCUUAUCAGAUUUAUUCUAAUGACGACGACAGUGGCAUUGAAACAAAAUAUGAUUCCAUUAAAAGGGUUAAACGCAACGACAGUGAACUACGAAAAAUAUUUUUAAGAACAGGCAUAGUCAGUCAAGCUAAAGGCUCUGCGUAUAUAGAAAUGGGGAAUACAAAAGUAGUUUGUUCAGUGUUCGAUCCGAGAGAAGUACCAAACAAGAAUGGCUAUUGUAUGCAGGGGGAAAUAUAUUGCGAGUUUAAAUUUGCUUCUUUUUCUUGCCGGAAGCGAAAAAUUCACCAACAGAAUGCAGAGGAAAAACAAUACAGCCUGAUGUUACAAAGAGCAUUAGAACCAGCAGUUUGUUUGCAUGAGUUUCCUAAUUUUCAAGUAGAUGUAUAUGCAAUGGUCCUGGAUAAUGAUGGAUCUUCACUGGCUGCUGCAAUCAUGGCCGCCAGUAUUGCCUUAGCUAAUGCGGGUGUUCCAAUGUUUGGUUUAGUAACAGCUUCCACCAUAGGCGUUUACAGAAACCAGUUCUUAAUAGAUCCGACGGAUAUAGAAGAGGUAAUGUGCAACACACUAGCGGAGCGACAAGGUGAUUUUAACCAUGGAAUAAUUACACUUGCUAGCCUUCCACAGCACAGCCAAAUUUCAGAAGUAUUCCUAAUUGGAAGCAUUGAUACAGAUUUUGUUCUACGUGCAACAGAAAUGUUAGCAUCGGCUAAUAAAGACAUUUGCCCUGUGCUUCAGCAGUGUUUAGUUAAAAGUAUUUUGAAGUUACAUAAUUAAACGACUAAAAUAGUAAUCCUUAUAAUUAACAAUUUCUUAUUGCAAUUAAAUCUAUUUUUUACAAUAGCAGAUUUGUAGAAUUGUACUAUUUAUAUAAAUCCUUGUUCAGCUUAUA